UUUGCUUUCAGUGGGGCCAUCUGGUCAGAUGACAGGAUUCAGGGGGUUUCUCGGGAGAAGACAUGUGCUUUUGGGUCAUAGUUAGAAGAGGAGGGCUAGUAACUUUCCAAGAGUGGUGAUGUCAUUUAGCUUUUCCAGUUAUGGCUUCAUCCUGUCACGUGGCCUCACUGCCAACCAAUGAGGACUAAAGUAAUGGCGGCGCAUGUGUCCUGCAGAGGGCGACAAAGCUCAGCUGACACCUGUGUGUCUGUUCCUGCCAUAUUCUCAUCACAUAACUAUGCAUGAAGUUCCCUGAAGUCCAGUGAGCCAGACGGGACAGCGAUAUCUCAUGUUUAAGUGGAAGUUUCCAUAAUUUGUUGCAUCAGGUGACUUUUCCUGUGGUUUCCUUGGCCUCGACCAAGUAGGUCAUGUUUUGUGACCCUGUUGAGCUUUGAUGAAUUAACAAUAUUGAGAUCAAGACAUCAAAAACAUUUGAUCCAUGUCAGUUUUAAGGAACAAAGUCUGGUAACUGUGCAUACAGUGCAACUGUUUAGUGUUUAAGGGGGAUAAGUGAUCCCAUUUUACAUUCAAUCGGAAUCAGUUGUUUUGGCCAAGCACGUGUACACACACACAGAGACUUUGACUUUGUCAGCGUACUUGUACAGUAUACAGUGCAUGCCACCUCAGUCACUGGUAUGUUUUUAUUUACAUAGGCAAACUUCCUAUUUACUUAUCUUCUUUUCUAAACCAUAAAUAUGGAAAUCACAGUCUCCAUUCUCUUGACAUUUUACUAUGUGUUGUUCCCCUAAGUCCAAGCUUUGGUGGUUUUUAGCCACAGUGAACUUCUGAAAAGUGUGAGACUGUGGUGAAAUCCACUGAGUUCAGUUGGCAAAAGUUUGAUUAUUUCAGUGUGUUUUUUCCUGUUCGUUUGCUGUUUUAACUCUGUGUUGAUGCUGCAGGUGGACAUGUGAUUUCAGUGGGACUAACUUGAAAAAAAAAACAAAAACAAAAAAGGCAAUUGAAAUUAAAAAAUGAAUAGACAUGCAGCUAAGAACAAGGACAAGAACUUUUAAAGGCAGCCAAAACUUCAGCAUCAUGACAAUCCAAGGAAGACACAGAAGAGAACACACACACGACACACUGCUAUCAAGACACGAAGAAAAGAAAGGAAAAGAAAAGAAAAGAAAAGAACUUCAAGAUGGUGAAGAACGGUGACAACAGCAACCCUGUUGUUGAGUCAGAGGCGUCACACACAUGCAGCGUGUUCUGCCUCGGCCCUCUGAUAUUCCACUGUCAGGCCGUGGGAGACCAAGUCAGGCUGAGCCGGGGGGGUCGACUGGCAGAGAGGACGGGCAAGACGUUCAAGAACGGCCUGGUGUUCAGCAGCCGCCCGCUGAAGAUCCAGGAGAGGAUCCGUCUGAGGGUGGAGAAAGAUUUGUCUAACUGGCACGGAGCUCUGCGCGUGGGCUUCACCAACGUGUCGCCCUCAGCCAGAUCUCGGCCUCUGCCCGCCAUGGCCAUCCCAAACCUCACUGACACACCUGGGCACUGGGCUGCUCCUGUGCACGAAUCCUGCUGCCAAGCCGGCACAGAGCUGGAGUUCUGGGUGUCUCAUGGAGGCAGCAUAUACGUCACAAGUACCAACACUGGCAAUCGCAAGCUGCUAACAGGAGUGGAUCUGAGCCAGCCACUGUGGGCCAUGAUAGACAUCUACGGACAGACGUGCUCCAUCUCCCUCCUUGGUUCUCAGAAAAAGGAGCUUUUACACACCAGACGCUCGUGUCCUGCACCUAAACGCCUCACCUCACCUGUUGACUACAGCUACAGCCUGAUUCCUGCUGGAGAUGGAGAUGACUGUGCGUCCCUUCUCAACAUGGAAUUCCCAGCAGAUGACAGCAGUGCAAUGGACUGUGUGGUGUGCAUGGGAAGAGAGGUCAGUGUCACUCUGCCUUGUGGCCACCGGUGUCUGUGUCGGCCCUGCGGCUCCAGAGUCAUCCAGCAAUUCGGCUGUUGUCCGCUGUGUCGACAUAUGAUCGAGGCGCCAUCAGUGGAGGGGAGGCAUGUCUCCGGGCUGCUACGAGCUUCUCAGUGACUGUAACAAGCAAACAUAAAACGUCACGUGUAGCACCGGCUCAAUGUGACCUGCAGCUCAUUGGUUGUGGCAGUUUGCCGUAUCACCACAGUGAUCUGACUAGUGGUUGGUCAGGAAACUUUGAGACAUGUUAGACAAAUGAUUGCAUAAUGUGUAAAUGUUGUACAGCAUGUGUACAGUAAGAUGUGAAGAUACUGAGCUGAUGUGAAGAUGCUGAGCUAAUGCGAAGAUACUGAGCUGGAUUGUUUUCUGAUAAGGUUAAAAAAUGUGUGAAACUUUACUGCUUAAAAAAAUGCACUGUAAUUUUGACUCACGCUGAAGGAUGAACGCUAACAAAUGACUUUGGUGAAGAAAAUCAAUGACUUGUAAGAAUGGAUUAUAUUAUUUAUUGGACCUAAUUUGAAAUGAUAUUUAUUUUUCUGCUGUACAGUUUAUUUUGACUCCAUGAUGUUGUAAAUGUUAAAUUAUCAUAUAUUUUGUAAAUAUGCAUAAAUAGGUUUACUGAAGAUUAUGUUUUUAUAUCAUUUGAUUGUGAAUAUGUGGCUGUGUAAAUAAAUGUGAUUUUACAUGA